AUGACUGAAGAAUGCUCAAACGGUAGAGCUUCCAUGGCACCUAAAAUUCUCCUUAUCCUCCUACAUAUAUUUCUCUCUUCAGGGAUAAUAUUUUAUCCAGCAAAAGCACAAACUUGGAUCAAAGCAGGUUACUGGUUUUAUAACAGUGGACUCCCUGUUUCAGAUAUCAAUUCUGCUCCCUAUACACACAUUAUCUGUGCUUUUGCUGAUCUUAAUUCCUCUUCUUACGAGCUCUCAGUCCCAGAUGAACAAUCCUUCUCCAAUUUCACAAACGUAGUAAAACUAAAAAACCCAUCAAUCACUGCUCUUCUCUCUAUUAGAGGUGGAGAUGCAGAUUAUUCUGAUCUCUCUUUGAUGGUAAGAAACUCUUCUAACAGGGCAUCUUUUAUUCAGUCUUCCAUAAAACUAUCCAGGCUUUAUGGGUUUGAUGGCCUUGACUUCUCCUGGGUUUCUGCCAACACAAGCUCAAACAUGGUCAACAUGGGUACUCUAUUUCAAGAGUGGAGAGCUGCUAUUGUUUCAGAGACAAGAAACUCCGGCCAAUCUGAGUUGAUUUUAACAGCUGCUGUUCAAUACACACCAAAUUCGGAUGAUGCGAGUUUUCCAAUAGAGUCAGCAAGACAGAACUUGAAUUGGGUUCAUGUUUUGGCUUAUGACUACUAUAUGCCUACUGGGGCUAACUUUACUGGUGCUUUUGCUGCUUUAUAUGAUCCUGCAAGUGGAAUUAGUACUGAUUAUGGUAUAGGGAGGUGGAUUAAUGGAGGAAUUCCAGCUAAUAAAUUGGUUUUGGGUUUGCCAUUUUACGGCUACGCUUGGACGCUUAAAAACCCAAGUGAUAAUGGUGUUGGUGCACCUGCAACAGGCCCUGCAAUUACUGAUGAUGCGUCAAUGAGCUAUAAGCAUGUCAAGAAUUACAUUCAAGGAUAUGGAGCUAGCAUAGUAUACAAUGCUACAUAUGUAGUGAAUUACUGUACAAUUGGUACAACUUGGAUUGCUUUUGAUGAUAUUGAAGUUGUUAGAAUUAAGGUUUCUUAUGCAAAGGAGAAAGACCUUCUUGGUUAUGUUGUGUGGCAAAUCCCUUUUGAUGACAAUUGGGUGCUUUCUCAAGUAGCAGCUGAAGUUGGUGACAAAAAACAUAACGACCGACGAUUGUUGGUGAUCACCUUAACUACAGCUGCUGCAUUGGUUCUUCUUUUAGGCUGUGUGGCAUAUUAUGCAAGGACAAGAAUUAUCAACCGGAAAGGAAAGUCAAAAGCAACGGCUGGAGAUUUUGGUGGCAAAGUUCCUGAUCUGAUUAUUUAUGGUUAUGAUGACAUCAAGGCGGCUACUGAUGAUUUUUCAAUUCAAAAUAAGCUUGGAGAGGGUGGAUAUGGUCCUGUAUACAAGGGUUUAUUACCAGAUGGGCAGGAAAUCGCUGUGAAGAAACUUUCUAAGGCAUCUACGCAAGGAUUUGAGGAGUUCAAAAAUGAAGUUACACUUACUGCAAGACUGCAACAUGUGAAUCUCGUCAAAGUUUUGGGAUUUUGCAUUGACAGAGAUGAACAAAUGCUGAUCUAUGAAUACAUGCCCAACAACAGCUUGGACCGCUACCUUUUCGAUCCCAUUAGACGAUAUUUGUUGGAUUGGGGAAAUCGGGUUCAAAUCAUUGAAGGUGUUACUCAAGGUUUUCUGUAUCUCCAAGAGUACUCAAGAUUUACUAUCAUCCAUCGAGACUUGAAGCCUAGCAAUAUUUUACUGGAUAAUGAAAUGAAGCCCAAGAUCUCUGAUUUCGGAAUGGCUAGAAUUUUUGCAAGAGAUGGACUUGAAGCAAACACCAGCAGGAUUGUGGGAACAUAUGGCUAUGCUCCUCCUGAAUAUAUUAGGCUGGGAUUAUACUCAACGAAAUCUGACGUUUACAGUUUCGGAAUUCUACUUCUACAAUUAAUAAAUGGCAAGAGAAACUCAUGUUCUUUUGGUGUGAACGAAAAUUUAAGCCUUACUGAAUAUGCAUACGAGCUUUGGUUAAACGGCGAAGGCAUGAACUUUAUGGAUUCUACGUUAGACGAUUCACGUUCAUCAUGUAAAUUGAUUCGAUGCAUGCACAUCGCUCUUCUAUGCGUACAAGAUGACCCAAGAGAAAGGCCGUCCAUGUUAGAAGUUUCGUCAAUGCUCCAAAAUGGAACAACACCAUUAGCGAUACCAAAAAAGCCUUCUUUCUCUAUAAAAAGAGAUCAUGAAGGUCAGAAAAAGGAAACUGCACUGCACUUUGAAAUUUGUUCCGUUAAUGAUGCAACUAUUUCAACAGUCGGAGGCCGAUGAACCGCCAAUUCUUGUUGCUAGAUGAACACCUUAUUCGUUCUAGAUUAUUAUCAAUUGAAGAGGCUUCAGGCUUCUUCUUGGUGAACAACACAAAGUAACCAAGUGUGGCAACAAUAACAGCACCACCAAUCGCCAUUCUAACCGGACAAAAUGGCAAUUUCGAAUGCUGGUUUAGGACCUCUGUCGGUUGCCGUGCUGCUUGAUCUGGCCCUGCCAUUGAUCUUCUGAACUGUAUAAUAUUGUUCUUGAACUAGUUUCUUCUGUUUAUGCUCUCUUUUUUAGUGGUGCUUGUUUUCUUUUGGGGUGAUUGAGGAGUUGAAGCAGAAGAAAGGAAGAGAUGAGGGGUUCUCUCGUGUGGCAGUUUAUUCUGUUACAAAAGUCAAAUGUCCAAUAUCUGUGGUAAUAGCUCCAGUUCUUCAAACCUAGUUUCUUGGAUCUGUAAAUUGGCAGGGAUUUAAUAAAAAGUUAU